CUGCCCCAUGCCGCCUCCGCCCGGUUGCAAUUCCUACCACCAACACAUUCCGUUUUGUUGGAUUCAUUUUCCUUCCAUGCACCCCUCGCCCAACUACAUCGGCUUCCAACUCCAACAACUUCAACUCUUCUUCCACCAACCCACCUACCCAUCCAUUUCAUUAUAAAAUUAUUGUUUUUUCCUGUUGGAAUCCAUUUUCAAGAUUCAAACUCCACGAAACUCUCCUAAAAUGGCUUCCACUGCUCCUCAUUCUUUGCAGGCCUCAUCAAGAAUUGCUUCUAAAGACCCUCAGUUUAAACCCAGUUCAGAUUCACAAGUUUCUCAUUCUAUCUCUUUCUCUUCUCAAUUAAGCAACUUCUCGCUCAAAUCUUCACAGUCAACAACGAGACAACUACAUUCCCAAAGAAUUAGUGCAGCAGUUAAGACAGAAAGCAAUUCAGGCACAACGGGGGUUGAUAUCUCUUUGAGCCCCAGAGUAAAUUCAGUGAAGCCGUCAAAGACUGUAGCUAUAACUGAUCAGGCAACUGCACUUGCACAAGCUGGUGUGCCUGUUAUUCGACUAGCAGCUGGUGAACCGGAUUUUGAUACUCCAGCAGCAAUAGCUGAGGCAGGAAUUAGUGCAAUUCAGGAAGGAUACACAAGGUAUACUCCUAAUGUGGGCACUUUAGAACUCUGUUCAGCUAUUUGCCACAAGCUGGAAGAGGAAAAUGGAAUAUCUUACACUCCUGAUCAGAUUUUGGUGAGCAAUGGUGCAAAGCAGAGUAUUCUUCAGGCAGUUCUUGCAGUUUGUUCCCCAGGAGAUGAGGUUCUAAUUCCAGCUCCAUAUUGGGUAAGCUACCCUGAAAUGGCGAGGCUGGCUGAUGCAAACCCUGUGAUUCUUAAUACCCACAUAUCUGAAAAUUUUCUUUUAGAUCCAAAGCUUCUUGAAUCAAAACUCAGUGAGAAGUCAAGGCUGUUGAUUCUUUGCUCUCCAUCCAACCCAACAGGGUCUGUUUAUCCACGUGAAUUGCUUGAAGAGAUUGCUCAGAUUGUAGCAAGGCACCCCAGGCUUCUGGUGCUCUCUGAUGAAACUUAUGAACACGUUAUUUAUGCUCCAGCAAUUCAUACGAGCUUUGCAUCCUUACUCGGCAUGUGGGAUCGAACUCUAACUGUAAAUGGCUUUUCAAAGGCAUUUGCUAUGACUGGUUGGAGACUUGGAUAUCUUGCUGGUCCCAAACACUUUGUGGCUGCAUGUGGGAAGAUUCAAAGUCAGGUAGGUACACACGUUUGUUAAACACUUUCCACUAUUUUUAUACACAUAAACUAAACUAUCUAUUAAUUAGAAUGUUUUCGGUAUGUGAAGUGCCUUGUUAUUUUUACAUUUUUAUUAAUCCCUCAAUGCUCAAAUACAUAGAUUCUAAUAUUUUUCUAGUAAGAAAAUGUUUGUAACCAUGGUCUUUUGCUGUAUAUUUCCAUUUUUCAUUUAACAUUAUUGCCCGGAUCCUUUGAUAUUAAGUAUAAAUUAUUGUGUUAAAUUUUUGAGUUUGCAGUUGCUAAAGUUUGUGAUGGGUUCAACAAAACAUCAAUCAUAAAUAUCACCCUAAUGUUAUUCAUCUGAAUUUGAAUCAAAUUUACACUCUUACACACUUGAAGUUUGAUUUUUUUAAGGUAAAAUUAGACCUACAAUCCCAAACCUUUAAGGUAUGGGUCUCCAACCUAUUUAAAUAUAUGAAUAUGGAUCCCUAAGUGACAGACAUUGUCAAUGUGGAUGCUAAACUUUCAUGCGAUCUUCACAUGACUUAAAAGUUUCACAAUUUUGCUCUCUACCUUAAAGACGCAUGAAUGUUGCAUGCAGUUUUAACUUCAACAUUGACGGUUUCCAUCAUGUGGUGACCUAAAUUCUCGUAUUUAGAUAUGAAUGACCAUAAUAUUAAUCACCCGAAUUUGAAUCAGAUUUACACUCUUACAUACUUGAAGUUUGAUUUUUCAAAGGUAAAAUUAGGUCUCCACUCCCAAACCUUUAAGGUAGUGUCAUAUUGGGUCUCCAACCUAUUUAAACAUAUGAAUAUGGAUCCCUAAGUGACAGACAUUGUCAAUGUGGACAUUAAACUCUCAUGCGAUUUUCACAUGACUUAAAAGUUUGACAUUAAGUGAUUUCACGAUUUUGCUCUCUAGCUUUAUGAUAGGUGAAAGUUGCGUGCAAUUUUAACUUCAACGUUGACGGUUUACAUUUGUGGUGACCUAAAUUCUCGUACUUAGAUAUGAAUGACCCUAAUAUUAAUCAUCCGAAUUUGAAUCAUAUUUACACUCUUACAUACUUGAAGUUUAAUUUUUUUUAAGGUAAAAUUAGGCCUACACUCCCAAACCUUUAAGGUAGUGUCGUAUUGGGUCUCCAACCUAUUUAAAUAUAUGAAUAUGGAUCCCUAAGUGACGGACAUUGUCAAUGUGGACAUUAAACUCUCACGCAAUUUUCACAUGACUUAAAAGUUUGACAUUAAGUGAUUUCACGAUUUUGCUCUCUAGCUUUAUGACGCGUGAAAGUUGCGUGCAAUUUUGAUUUCAACGUUGACGGUUUACAUUUGCGGUGACCUAAAUUCUCGUACUUAGAUAUGAAUGACCCUAAUAUUAAUCAUCCGAAUUUGAAUCAAAUUUACACUCUUACAUACUU